AUGAAUCGACCGCUGCCUGCGACGGAGGUGAGAUUUCUUAUAGUAUUUCCGGUUUUUUGGUUUGUAAAGAAAGUUCUUGCCAUUUUAUGUUUUGUAAAGAAAGUUUUUGUCAUUUUUUCAUUUGUAAAGAAAGUUUCUGCCAUUUUAUGUUUUGUAAAGAAAGUUUUUGUCAUUAGCAUCAAAACAAACUAUUUUUGGGCUUGGCAGUCUGCAGAUGACAAGUUAAACGAAAAAAAAGUAUUUUGUGUUUUGUAAAGAAAGUUCUUGCCAUUUUUUGUUUUGUAAAGAAAGUUCUUGUCAUUUUACGUGUUGUAAAGAAAGUUUUUUUGUUUUUUAAUGUUAAAAACAACAUUUUUUGGCAUUUGGCAGGCUGCGAGUAACAAGUUAUACAAAGCAUUUUAAAGUUUGAGCGUUUUUUUACUUUGUAAAGAAAGUUAUUACCAUUUUUUGUAUUGUAAAGAAAUUUAUUGUCAUUUCAGAUGCGACGAGUCUUUAUGGACUCGAUGAGUGAACACAUUAAUGAAUCCGAACGAGUUCGAGGCUUUUUGAACUUGAUUCAGCAACGAUUGGCCAAGAAGAAGAUCAAACUGCAUAAGAAAAAGGAACUACAAGACGCUCAGGUUGGUUUUUCUUUGCAGUAUGUGUUAUGUGAUCUAUAUCUUACACUAUUGGAAAAAUUUUUUCAAACUUUGAAUCUAAAAUUACAAGUCUAAAAAUUUACUUUUCUUGUUUUUUUAAGCCUAAAAAAAUGAUUUUUUUGUCGAUUUUUAGCCUAUAAACUCAUUUUUCUUUUUUUUCUAAGCCUAAAAGACCUAGUUUUUGUUAAUCAUUGUGUCUGACAUUGUAUUUUUAAGCCUAAAAACUCUUUUUUUAUUUUUAAACCUGAAAAAUCAACUUUUUGUUUAUCUUUAUGUUUAAACACUCAUUUUUCUUGGCUUUCUUAAGCCUAAAAAACUUAUUUUAGUCGGUUUUUGGGUUUAAAAGCUAAUUUUUUUGCUCUUUUAAGCCUAAAAAACCAGUCUCUGUUAAGUUUUAAGCUUGAAAAUUAUAUUUUUUAUGGGUAUUUAAACCUAAACUUAUUUUCCUUGCCUUUUAAGCAUACGAAACAAAUUUUUUGUUGAUUUUCUUGACGUAAAACAAUAUUUUUAGCCUUUCUACGUCAAUAUUUAUCUUUGUUUUUGGAAAAAAUGUAAAACAAGCGGAAGUUUAUAUCUAAAGUUUAGCAAUUUAAAAAAAAUAUGUUGGAAAAAAAAAUUUUUCAAUUUUAAUUUAAGAAUAUUGUUAUAGAUAAUGCAAUGGAUCCGAGAGAAAGAUGCCAACAAAGUGAAUCAAGGGCUGGAAGGAGCUGAAGUUAUUAAUCAACCAGUCGCUGAUUACAUGUUUCAGGUAAGGGUAGGGACAGGGCAAUGUAUAGUAAGCUAAGGUAGGGCAGGGCAAAGUACAGGGUAGGGUAGGGCAAGGCAGCAACGAGCAAGGCAGGGCGAGACAGAGAAAAGAGCCAAACAGGGCAGGGUAGAAUAGGGCACGGAGCGACAGAUUAGGAUAGCACAGAGCAAGACAGAGCAUGGUAGGUUUUGAUAAAGCAAGUAGGGUAUCUAAUCUGAUAUUAUUCUAGAGUGACAUGGUGUUAAACACUCGCCAAAGCCGUGUUCUGGCCGAUGCUGCUCUCCAAGACUUGCUUGAGGUUGAUCCGGUGGAGAAGCAAAACCUGACCAGUCAACUACGAGAUGUUUAUGGCCAACAACCGGAAAUCAAAAACAACACCAUAGGGAAUGUGGAGAAUGUAGAAUGGGCUGAAUUGCUGGCUGAAUACGAUGGAGGUAGGGUAAAUAGUAAAAGGUUUAGUUAAAAGUGGUUAUUUAUGGGAAAACGUAGAGACAUGGUUAGGUUAAUGUUGUUUUUAAAUGGAUUAACAAAGUUUAUUGAUCUAAAGUAAGAUUUUUCUGGUAGUAAAAAGACUGGGCUUUAAUGUAAAAUGGUUUUUAAAAAUCUUUGUUAAGAUACCAAGGCUACACGGUUUAAAAAAAGUCAAGAAACCUUGAUUUAAACAAAAAAUGAGAGUAUAAUCAAGAUGAUGCCAUUUUUUAUUUGACUGACGCAGCUUGUUAAACUAAAAUAAUAUUUUUCUUAUGUCAAAAAGACUGAGCUAUAACAUGAUAUUAAGUUUGUCAAAUAAUUUCAAGAUACAAAGGCUGCACGGCGACCGAAAGUAAAAGUUUUGGCAAAAUCUUGAUUUUAGCGAAAAAAACAAAAGUGUAGUUAAUAUAAUGCCAUUUUUAAAUUGACUGACGCAGCUUGUUGAACCAAAAUGACAUUUUUCUGAUGUAAAAAAGACUGGGUUUUAAGAUGAUGCUAAAUUUAAUGUGUAGUUGCGAGAUACGAAGGCUACACAACAAUCGAAAGUAAAAGUUUUGUGGAAAUUCUUGAAGUAGGCGAAAAAACUGGGGUGUAUUUGAUAUAAUGCCACUUUAAAAUGGACUUAAACAUUUUCUUGGUAUAAAAAAUAACGUAUCGUAUGUAAAAAAUAAUGGGCUUUACCUUAAUACUAGAUUUAAGAAAUAUUUUUAAGAUACAAACGCUACACGACGCAAAAGACAAGCCCAAACCGGUCCAUCGUUUCCCAAAAAUCAAUGGACUGUCGGCCAACCAAUUUCAUACUAUUUCCACAGUACUAUUAGUCCCAGUACGAAGAUUUUAAUACGAAAAGCCAUCAAGUAUUGGCAAGAUAACACUUGUUUGACGUUCGAAGAGAAUGGGUCGUACCAUCCGAAGGUGCGCUUCUUCCAAGGCGGCGGAUGCUACAGUCAGGUGGGGAAGGCGUUUGGCAGUGCGGAACAGGUCAUUUCCAUUGGCCGGGGGUGUGAACAGGUAUGGUUUUGAUUCUUUGAAGGGCUCCUAAAGGCAUGUUGGGUUUUAGGACAGGUUGGAUUUUCAGGGGGGGGUGAUUUUUUAAAUCGGCGGCAGGGGGGGGAGGAUUUUUUAUGUCUGGGGGUGGACUUUAAGGCAGGGUUAAUUUUUAGGGGGUGGGUGGGUUUUGAGGGCAGGUUGCUUUUUUGGGCAGGGUAAAGCAGCUGAGGCUAAUCAACUGUUCAGGGCGGGGUAAAUUUUCAAAUUGUGGUAAAUUUUUAUGGCGGGGUGGAUUUUAGAUUUAGGGUAGAUUUUUGGGGAUAGGGCAAGAACAAGAGUAGAAAAAACUUAAAUUUUUACCUAAUUUGAUCUAAUUUGUCCAUUUUUUCAGUUUGGCAUCAUUACCCAUGAAAUUGCUCAUACGUUAGGUAAGGUGCUAAAUAUGUCAUUAUCUCACAUAAAUUUAUAAAAAUAUUUAAAAAUAUAAAAAAAGGUCUAAAUUAUUUUUGUUUUAACAAUAAUUUUCUGUUUUUAUCAAUUUUUUUUGCAAACAACGGGUUUUUAUCAACUGCAGCCUGCGCGAAUCAUUUUAUACGAUGAAACGCGUUUUUACAAAAAAUAGAAAAAAUUUAAAAAAAAGAAUUUCUUUUUUAAUUUUUUCUGAAACAAUUACUUACCGCGUAUUUUACCUAAUGUUUAAAAAGGUUUUUCACUAAAUCUGUCUUUUAAUACCGUGCGACCUGCGGAGGACAAGUUAUACGAUGCAAGGUAGUGAAGCUUUUUUCAAAAUUUAUAUUAAUUUUUUAAAAGCAGUUUUAUAUUAACCAUAGGAGUCUACUAUAUACAGUUUUUAUUGAAAGAGCCCAAAAAGCAAGAUCUUUGGUUUGUGCAGCCUGCGCAAACCAGGUUAUACGAUGAAACAUGUUCGAAUUUUCAUAAAAUUUUUUAAAAAAUCUGUAUUUACUUAUAAUAUAAGGAAAAAUACGCCAUGUUUUUACUUUGUUUUAAUUUUUAGGCAGGUUUUUUUAUGUGAGCAAAAAAUUUUAAAAUUUUAGGUUUUUUUCACAGUCAAUCGAGAUACGACCGAGAUGGCUUUGUGAAUAUAGUUUAUUCCAAUUUGUCUCCAUCGAUGGCUUCACAAUUCUCAAAACAAACCGAAUCAACUAAUAAUAACUACGGCGUCGAGUAUGAUUAUGGCUCGGUAAUGCAUUAUGCUGAUAGUAAGUUUUUAAAUUUUAAAUUUUUUAAAAAGUAAAAAAAAAUUUUAAUUUAAAAUUAAUUUUUUUUUUGGUUUAAAAUGGCAUAUUUCCAGCGGAUUCGUCCAAAGGAGUAGUGACAAUGUUGGCCAAAGACAAGAUAUACCAACAUACCAUGGGUAACAACGUUGGACCAAGCUUUGCUGACCUCUUAGCUAUGAACAUCUAUUAGUAAGUCUACUUUACUCUACACUGCCCUACUUUACCCUACCGUACCGUACCCUACCCUACCCUACCCAAACCUGCCCUAGCUUAACUUAAAUGACAUGCUUUGCCAUGCCCUGCCUUACCCAAGCCUACCCUAGCCUCUCUGCCCUAAAUCACAUGCCCUGCUAUGCCGAACUUUGCCUUUCCUAAGCCUAUUUGCGCUUAUCCUACCCUACAUCACGUGCCCUGCCUUACCCUAUCCUGCCUUGCUCUGCCCGACCGCCUUGCUUGAUUUGUCUUGCCCCGCUAUCCCCCCCCCCUCCCCCCCCACCCUUCUUGCCCUGUCUUGCCAUGCCUUGUCCUGCUUUGCCCUGCUUUACUCUUUCCUGUCCUUGUCAUGCCAUGCCUCAUCAUUUAUCUACAGUAUGCUGUAACGGUAGAGCAUUAACUGUUUCAGUGGCUGUGUCCAAAACUGUGCCAAUGGCGUUCUGUGUAAGAACGGUGGCUUCAGGAGACACGAUUCCUGUGACAUUUGUAUUUGUCCGUCAGGGUUUGGUGGUAAAGACUGUUCCGAACUGCCAUUGGGAGAGUUCUCGGCCGAACAAGAUUGUGGCCAAGUGAUCUCAGCUACAAGAGAAUGGCAAUAUCUGAGUAAUCGAGUCAUCUCCAAGCAAAUCAAUCUGGCUGAUCGACAUUCAUCUUGCACUUGGCACAUCAAGGUGAGGAUACUGUGAGGAUGGCGUACUGUUAGACUUUUAUAGGGGCCGGGUUCAUUUUUUGGCUCAGUUCUUGGGCCGGGCCGUGGUAUGGUCUUGGCUAUCAGGCCUAUUAAGCUGAGGCUCCGGGGACUUAAGUUGGACCUUGGUCUUGAACUCAAACAUAGCUUGGCCCGGCUUUUUAAAAAUUUGCUUCGGCUCUGGUAGACAUGAGGAACGGGCCGUGCCUAAUUUUUAGGCCAGGUUUUAUCAAAAUUUUGCUCAGGUUGGGCUCGGCCUGAAUUUUUUACGUGCAAACGGGCCGGGCUUUUCGGGCCAGGCUAGGCCUUCAGUUUCAAGCCCGACCGGACCUAAAAUCGGGUCAAUACCGGCCCGGCCCGUUCCUCAUUUCUAGGCUCAGCUCGGUCCAGGGCAUAUUAUGUCUCUCUUUAUUAUAGUUCAAGCGUUGGGUUACAGUAGGCAUCAGUUAGGAUUAGCGAACAAUUACUGUAGGAGAAAUUGCGAUCAUGGCUGUAUGGUUGAUGUAGUAUUAGGGUCGAGGUAGUGUUGGGUACUUAUUUUUGGUAUUUUCAAUAUGAAAUUCUAGGCAAAUCCAAACGAAAAAGUGCAAAUAAAGCUCUUGGAUGUGUAUGGAGCAUGCUCAGCUGGCUGUUUUUACUCUGGAAUUGAGAUAAAAGUCAAAGACUUUACCAUGACUGGAAGCAGGUAGGCAAUAAAAAUAUAUUACAGUAGACUCUCAACUAAUUUUUUAAAUUUUUUUGUUAUUUCUAUGUGAUUUUAACACAAAAAAUGGCUAACUACAAUAUAUUAUGUUACUGUUCCAGAGUAUGUUGCCAAUCCGAUGCUGACAACCUUGGUUACUUGGAAAGUGACGGAGAUACAGCAGUUAUUAUUGCUUUCACUGCCUACAAGACGCGAGGGUUUAAGUUGCAGUUCAGAUCAGGUAAAUUCUUUUUACAAGCCGAAUUGGCAGGCUGCGGAUGACAAGUUAUACAAAGGAUUCAAAAUUUCUUGUUUUUUAUUUGUAAAGAAAUUUUUUGCCAUUACCAUCAAAACAAACUAUUUUUGGGUUUGGCAGGCUGCAAUGAAAAGUUAUACGAAAUAAAGUAUUUUGUGUUUUGUAAAGAAAGUUCUUCCCAUUUUUUUUGUUUUGUAAAGAAAGUUCUUGCCAUUUUUUGUUUUGUAAAGAAAGUUUUUGCCACUUUCUGUUUUGUAAAGAAAGUUAUUGCCAUUAUGCAUUUUUUUCAGUAAAAUACCCAAAUCGACCGUCCUGCCAAGACAAACAGACCGACUGUGCUCGCCUCUCCUCCUUAUGUUCACACGCACGCUACUACAAGUUGAUGACGGAACGAUGUGAGAAGACGUGCCUGAGGUGUCAGCCUGAGGUUGACACACCGGCCGAAACUCAGAUUCGAAACUUGGCUCCAGAUAGUGAUGCUGAUGAGGAACCGAGGCCAGAAUGUGCUGAAACCGAGACUUGUGACCAUUGGAAGAAGAACGGAUUCUGCGAAUCUGAUUUCUACUCUACCGAGAUCAAGAAACGACAUUGCGGAAAGACGUGCAAUCUGUGCACGCCUUGA